AUGGGGCAAUGGUGGGUCGCCCAGCGCAUUGACGACACUGUCACCCGCCAGUUCGUCGAGAAGCACCUGGUUCGCGAUGAGAUUGAGCUCCUCGAUAAGCCUGUGGGCUUCAGCUCCGAGGCCUUGACCGAGAGGACCUACUGGGAGAGCAUCCAGCAAAACGCCAAGCGCAUGUUCCUGAUCCUCGUAGACAUCGGCCUGCCGGAUCAGAUAUUCGGUAUCGUGGACGAUGGCUGGGAAGACGCUGAGCUUCCUCUUGCGCCCCGCGACGUCGAGCGCCUGGAGCUCACGGCUGCCAAGGAUGAGCGCGUGGAUCGCAAGUUCUACCAGCGUCAAUUCCAUUACCUCGUCAGGACGAUCGAGGGCGGUGAGCACUACUCGUUCAGCGACCAGGAACUCGUUCCGCUCGAUGUUGUGGAAAAGACUCCUCAUCUUAGCUCCAAGGGCAGCCAGGUUGAGAAAGUCCGGCUCCCCAACAUCCCAGGCAAGACGUUUAUCCGCCGCAAGUACCAGUUGGGGAAAUUCCCAGAGGCCACCACAAUGACUGAGUUCCUGGAAAUGGUCAACGCACUUAAGAAUAUCCAGAACCGGCAUCUCAUCUCAUAUUGGGCGUCAUACACUCACCAAGGCUUUAACUACCUCCUACUAACCCCAGUGAGCGACUUCAACCUCAAAUCAUUUUUGUCGAGCACACCCUCCACCUUCAAGGCCCUGCCUAAGAAAACCCGGAGAGAGCUUGUCAUCAACUGGAUUCUUUGCCUAGUCGACACAGUCUGCUUCUUACACAGCAAAAACCUCGCCCACUCCUAUCUCAAACCUUCAGCAGUCCUCUUCACCCAUCAAAACAGCAUAUUUCUCGUAGACCCCACGAGAUUAAGCUCCACGACAUCAACCUCCCAAGAAGACAAGGCCUCUUUUGAUCGCGAAUGGUAUGAUUUCGCUGCCCCCGAGCAGUGGCUACGGCCGUCCGGACCCGGUAGCCCCCCAUCUCGGAGAUCAAUCCUAGCUUCUCUGUCGGCCUCCCCCGAGGACAGUACACCCGGGAUUAGCCAGUUUGGAGGGCCUCGUGGAUCGCCGACGAUGCCCAGCCCUGGCCAACAGGCCGACAUCUUUUCGCUGGGCUGUAUUAUUCUCGAACUUCUCUCGUACCUUCUCAAGCGUUCCGGUAGUAAGUUUGCCAGCUUCAGAGCCGCCAAACACAAGCAAGCAGGAAGAGGCGGCGCAGUUCUUGACUCCUCCUUUCACAAGAAUCUCGAUCAAGUGGAGAAUUGGAUGUCCAGUUUGGCCAAGGAUGCGUCCAACAAGGCCUCGGACAACGAUGGCGCCAAUGUUUUUCGGGGAUACACCCCGAUCCUCCACGUUGUGACUGAGAUGCUCGCGGCCAACCCGUUCGAACGACCACCCGCUCACGAGAUCCAACAGCGCAUUUAUCAAAUUCUCCGACAAAACUGUGGGAUCAGCGAGCCGCACUGCGUCAAUCACUACACCGUGCCAUCGUCUCAAGCAUUCCCAUUCCCAGGCCAGGUACCGAUUCACGAUGCCCAUUUCUACCGACAGCCCCGAGUCCUUCCAGCCCAUCCAUACACCCACACCGGCGUUGCGUUCGGAUCGCCAGAGAGCCCUCCGCCCCUGCUACACCACCGGACCAACAGCAGCAGCGAAUACUCUCGUCACAGCCGGACCAGCAGCGUCACGACAGGAAGUAGCGAUAGGGAUGAUGGUUUGGAGAUUACCUCUGCUGCUGCCAGGGGAAUUCCAUCUCCACGGCCGAUACGACCCCACCCCGACCGAUCUAGAGUUCCUCUAUAUGCGAAUCACAUGCACCAGGGGCCUGUUUAUAGUGGAGGUCCGCACCACUAUGGAUGA